AUGGCCGAAAUCAAUCCCUCCGCACCAGCUUCGGAGCAGACGGCAUUCGACAUCGAUCUCCCCUUCACAUCGUACUAUGAAGCUCAUCCACUCCACUUCACCUCUCGCCCGGACAAAGUGAUUGAUGGAUUCUGGUACAUCAUCGGCUCUUCCCUCCCACUUUGGAAGUCCAAAAAGAACGUCGUUAUUCGAUACAUCCCCCAUCCGAACCUUGCCGGAGAUGAGGUCAAAUUCACCGACGAAAUUCGUUCCGAUGCACGCUCACAACCCGCCAACUCCCACGACAUCCUCCCACCCACCGACCUCCACUCCAAGUGGAAAGGUGAGGAAGGAUUCACGAACAAACUCUUCGGUAUUAAAGGUACAAAUGUUCUGCAGAAGGAUGCUAAGAACGGAGCUUCGUAUCAAUGGACAGGCAACGGGCUGCUUAAGUUCUUCCAUUCCAAAUGGCAAGUUAUUGGCUAUGGUCCUUACGAUCUCACGGAUACCUUGCGAACAAAGUUCGAUUGGGUCGUGACGUAUUUCGAAAAGACUCCUGCUACUCCGGCUGGUAUUGAUCUUUAUGUUAGAGAUCCAAGGUCGAUGCCGGAAGAAACAUCCAAAACGGUGCUCGCCAAGAUGAAGCAACUGAAGACGAAAUAUGCGGAUGAUGCAGAUGAGAGAAGACAAAGGUUGGCCCAGGAAUUGUCCAAGCUCGCAGAGGGAUAUUUCGAGAUUCCUCAUGAUUCGUAG